GUGUCACUAGCUAAAAAGUCGCUAAGGUUUUCUCAUAGUUCUAUGUGGUUCUAUAAUGUUUCUGACAAGUUAAUACAGAUGGAGAUAGUUUGUUUGUAAUUGUUUGUGAUUGUAAAUGGAGUCGCGAAUAAAUUUUAUUUUGGAGUAACAAUUUAGAAAAAACUAAAUAAGACACAUUGAGAAUUUCUGGAGAAUAUUCACAAUGUUUUAUUGAAAUAAUAAUUUGAACAAUAUUUUAAAGAUAAAAACUGCAACAAUGCCUUCUGCACCUCCAGAUCCAAAAUUUAUAUUGCGUGGUGAUAUGGAUGAAAAUGUUUAUAGUUUGUUAUUUCGGAUUAAUUCAAAUGUAGAACAUCUCUAUGCUGGUGAUGGAAAAGGCACAGUUCAUAUUUGGGAUUUAAAAAUAAACAGGAUAAAGAGUCAGUUAUCAGAUGGAAAUAGUCCAUGUUUUAAUUUGCAUACAACUAAUGACACUAAUUUAAUAGUACAACGAAGAAAUGGUAUAAUAGAUAUAUACAGUGCAAAUGAAUCCAGUUGGAUAUUAAAUAAAAGCUUCAAUUAUAAAUACUCCAGUUUUUGCAGGUCACAAUUGUUACCUGAGAAGAAUGCAAUAUUGGUCCCACUUAAUUCUUCAGUAGUAGGAAUGUCAUCAUUGAAAACUUUAAAUAUGGAAUUGAAAUUAGAUCCAUUGAAACUAUCUUAUAAUAAGCUGGGUGAAGUGAUGGCGGUGAAACCAUUGAUGGAUAUGAUGGAUACUUUAGUUUUGACUGCUUACGAGGGUGGACAAUUAUUGUUGUGGGACAUGAGAAUGAAUAAUGUUCUUAGUUCUUUCGCUGUACAGCAAUGUCCCAUGACUUUGGAUUUUGAUACUUCUUUGAUGCAAGGAAUUCUUGGUGGUGGAUCAGAAAAAUUAGAGAUUUUCAAAAUAUCAUCGAAUCAUUCUUUGUCCCACAAAUCUACAAAAUUCUUGGAUGUUAAGGGCAUAUCAAUCCUUUCUGUAAGACCGGAUAAAAAAAUCGUUACAGCUGGUUGCUGGGACGGACGUAUAAUGUUAUUCUCUUGGAAAAAAACACGGCCACUUGCAAUAUUAAAAGAACAUAGAGAAAGUCUAUAUGACAUUGUUUAUUCACAGUGUGAAGUCAAAGCUUAUGAUACUAAGUGUUUUAUGGCGGCAACUGGCAAAGAUGGUUAUAUAUCACUGUGGGAUUUAUAUACUUAAAAAUUACAGAUGCACACAUUGCAAAUUUAUAUAAAACAAAUGUAUAAAAAUGUUUAUAUAUUGCA